CUGAACGUAGAACAGAGCCAAGCAACAUGAGUCCGAAGCGCCCAACUAUACAACCGGCCAAACUGCUCUCCUCCCGGACUCACCAAAUCCCCGGCAAACUCCUGGUCACUGAGCUAUUCUUCUCCGUACCCCUCGACCACUCGAAGCCCCACGGCGAACGCCUCAGAAUAUUCUGUCGCAGCGCGCGCAAAUUCGAAAAGCCCGCUGGUCCCAAAGCUGCAAGUGCCGACGACAAAUUGCCAUGGUUUGUCUACAUCCCAGGCGGUCCAGGCUUUGGAUGCCCAUCGCCGCAGAAUCUGCCUGAAUUUACGAAUGAAGUUCUGUCCAAAGGGUAUCAGUUCCUCGCCUUCGACCACCGGGGCAUGGGCCUCUCGACGCCCGCGACAGCCGAGACAAUCACAUCCAGAGGCUCACCUGCACAACAGGCAGAGUAUCUGACAUUCUUCCGCGCCGAGAACGCCGUGCGCGAUCUCGAAGCGAUCCGCUUGUGCUUGACGUCCGACUAUCCCGAGGACAAGAAGAAGUGGACGAUAAUGGGCUCGUCGUACGGCGGCUUCGUCUGCCUGAACUACCUGUCCUCCUACCCGGAGGGCCUUCGUGAAGCAUUCCCCGUCGCCGGAAUGGGUCCGAUCACCCAGUCCGUGCCGGAUGCGCCGAUUGAAAAACUGUUCCGGAAAGUACUCGAAAGGAAUGCGAAGUAUUACGAGAAAUACCCUGAGGAUAAGGAGAACGUGCGCAAGAUCCUUGGUCUCAUCGCUGACAGUGGUGUCGGUGGGAUCAAGCUCCCCUGUGGCGAUGUCCUAAGCGAGGCGAGGUUUCUUGAGAUGGGAUUGUACCUGGGCUUUCACGGCGGAAUUGAUGCGAUCCACGCAAUCGUGGUACGGGCGGCAAAUGAUAUUGAAAUAUUCGGCGGUUUAACGAGGCCGACUCUGUCCGCCAUUGAGGGGAUGAGUGGGUUCAACGAUCAUCCACUUUAUGCGGUGUUGCAUGGGAGCUUGUACGCGCAGGGAAAGCCGGCGAAAUGGGUGUUUGAUCGAGUGGCUGCCAAGUUUCCCGAGUUCAGCACGGGAUUGCAGAAGGAAAGGCAUGAGGGGCCCCUGUUCACGGGCGAGAUGGUUUUUAAGCGCGCCUUUGAGAACCACGGGGAGUUGAAGGUGUUGAUGGAUGUCGCUGAGAUAUUGGAGACCAAGCAGGAUUGGGACGAGCUGUAUGAUCUCGAGCAGCUCAGGAGGAAUGAAGUGCCCGUCUACGCGGCCAUCUUUGUCGAUGACAUGUACGUCGAUUUUGAGUACAGUUUGGAGACGGCGAGGAUUGUCAAGGGGUGCAAGACAUAUGUGACCAAUACCCUGUAUCAUGAUGCGCUCAGAAGUCGGACGGGGGAUGUACUGAGGGCGUUGUUUGAGCUGAGGGAUGAUAGUAUUGAUUGAGCAGCGCUAUUCCGUAUGUCAUUGACUUGAAUAGACGGUCUACCGGAUCAUGGGCUCAUUAGGCUAAAUUC